AUGAAUAACAAUCUCCAUGUCAUCGUCCGUGAUGGGCAGGUUUAUACCUCUCUCACCGCACACUCCCUUCCCGACGUCAUACCUCACGAGCCUCUUUGGGAUCCUCGCGAAGACUACGAUAGUUCUCCCGACGAUAGUAAUACGCCACUCACUACUCGCUGGGCGUACGGAGCUCGUCCGUGGUUUCCCCUUGUACCUUUGAACCCUAGCUUCGAUGGGCCGAUCUUUGGAUGCCUCAACCACUCCAGGUUUUCCCUCCUCACAGAGGUAGAUACAUCGGGAAGGCACAUUCUCCACCGCGAUAUUUGGGCAAAAUGGGUCGACUUAGAGCAGAAACUGCUCUGGUGCCAGGAACGUUUGGGUGCUGGGCUAUUGAUUCCAUGGGGGACUAAACUUCCACGCCCUCCAACUACCUAUGGGUCGCGCGAUGCAUUUCUAUUAAUUGCUGCCACCUGCUCGUGGUACAUCAUGACUCGUCGAUACCAAGGUGCCAAUCAGUGGACGGCUAUCUUAACGAGCGACCCCCAACAUCCCAUACCCGCUGAAUGGGUUCUUGAGUUGUUGCGCUCAUUCGUUGGAGAUCUGACGACAAACGUGCCACGUACGGGAGCCUUGAUCUCUUCCAUUCACUGUCCUUGGCAAGUUCAAUUGCCCAUGUUUGAGAAAUUCUCGCUUCCAAUUUGGGUCCGCGUUUCUGGGGAUACUUCUGCCGCCGUCGAUUUUACCUUGCGUCAUUAUAUCCCAUCUCCGGCAGCUAUCACCCGUGCGACCGAGGCAGUGCAAUGCAAGCAGACGCCUGACACUUGGGGUCAACCGGACGAUAGUGCGUGGGGUCAGCCGGAUGAUAGUGCGUGGGGUCGACCAGAGGACAACACUCAGAGUGUCCUUAACUGGGACGAUAGCGUCCUUGGAUGGGGUCAGAACAGUGGGGCACAGCCCGUGUCUGAUGUUCCCGAGGCACAUGCGGACUCUCUGUUCCCAGUCUCCCAACCCCACUCUAGACAGAAGCAAGGAGAAGACUUCAAGGCAUUCUUUGCGCGGCGCCGUCAGGAGAACCAGAGGAAAGAGGAGAUGGAAACACCAGCUCAACGGCAGUCGCGUCAGAGUCGUGAGCGGGCAGCCAUGAACCACAGCAUCCCCGGCAAAUCCAGCACAGUUGUGGUGUUUGAAUGGCAACCUAAUGACGACUUUGGCGGUUUUCGUCAACGCAUCCGUCUCACAAAGGCUGAGAUACCAAUGACUUGGAUGUCAUAUAGCAAAUCUACCAGGGUAUAUGACUCGUUCCGUAACGAGUGGGAUUUGUGCGAUGCAUUGGAUCUUACCAGCAUCCCCGAUGGCGAUUGGGAGGAAGAUGAUUUCCCGCCUGCGCCUGCUCCUUCUGAACCCACCCCUGCUCCCCCUGCCCCUCCACCACCCUUGUCCAGUUUCUUGAAAGACAUCGAAGCCUACUUCGGUCAUUAUGAGGUUGCACCCUCAACGCAAUACACUCCAUCCACCACUACACCCCGAGGCAGAUCGACUACAUUCGAUGAUUGGGCUCGCAAGACACAGUGGACUCACUUAUGCAGACUCGUCGGCGACAACCCCACGGAUAUCACGUCAAUUCCAGAUGCACAGAAGGAUGUCAUCACAUGUUUUAUAGGUUACCUCGUCACCCUCCCUCAAACUCAGUUGUCAGACAUCCCGCCCGAUCUCUGGGAUCUAGGACCUGACUCGUCCCUGUCAGUCUCGAACGCACACAUUCGAGUUUCCUUUGUGCAACAACCCAAUCAGCGGCUCUACAUCAUCGAGUCACUGUCGUCAAAUCUGGUGCCCUGGAAACUGGCGGUUCCCGACGCUAUUACGGCUGUGAUGUGCCUCCAGGCGAAUCGCUAUAAAGACGUUGCAGCCAAUCUCAGUUCCACCUCACGCUCGACGCCCACUUAUGGAACUCCACACAUACUCGCUCGGACACGUCUUCCCCCCCUGAGGAUCAGCAGGCUCGCCCGUUUUAGGCCAGUUUUUGCUGACUACAUCGUCCUCGCUGCAAGAGCGGCACUUCUUCAUGGUGGCCUCAUAUGGCGGCUGGCUUCACAUAGUCUUGGGUUUGAUGUUCUCCCCUCCGUUCUCGAUGGCAUUUCACGGGAAGCGGUACCGUUUGGCCUCAUGCUGGACAUUAAUGGCCAGACUUAUUUCGAUGAUGAGCUGUCAGAAGAGGAGAUAGAUUUCAUGUGUGGGACGUAUUAUCUGCAUACCAACGACGGGAAUGUUGAAAUUGUCUCCUGGUGGCCCAGGCCCCAGGCCUGGGCUGCCUCAGGACUAAACGUGGGGUUCUGGUCCAGUCGAUGUGAAUCCUGGUUCCAGUUAUGCCUGGGCAACAUUCGACAGGGCGUUUCACGAGAGCGACUUAAAUUCACUAAUGAUGCUAACGGUCCAAUGACUGGCUCGCAGUGGAAAGGCUCACUCAAAUUCAAUGCGGGCACCAGCAAAAUGAUGAAAAACGUCAACGCAGCAUCUUGCAGUUUUCUUGCCACCAAAGCAAGCGCUUUUACAGAGAAUUAG